GUUCUCGUUGUGUCUGCUCUGCGCAGCGCCUGCGAGCGGAGGGAGUCGGUGAAACGCAGCGGCGGUUCCAGCGUGUGCGGCUUCGGCAAUGAUGCACUAAACCUGCCUCCUCAUUCAUACUCUCACAACCCAAGCAAAAAUACCAAACAACAACAUCUCCAGUGUGAUUAAUUCACCCCGGUUUAAUCGUUGUUGCUGAACUCGGCUUAGAAAAGAAGGUUUAAUGAAAGAGAAAGACAAGAAGAAGCGCACGGCAACGUUACGACUGUUUUUAUUUUCAUCCCAUUCUGAAUGACGGGCGGACGGUUCGACUUCGACGAUGGAGGCACUUACUGUGGCGGAUGGGAGGACGGGAAAGCCCACGGACACGGCAUCUGCACGGGACCCAAGGGUCAAGGCGAGUACGCCGGGUCCUGGUCCCACGGUUUUGAGAUAGUCGGGGUCUACACCUGGCCCAGCGGGAAUACGUACCAGGGCUACUGGUCGCAGGGCAAACGCCACGGGCUGGGUGUUGAGACCAAGGGAAAAUGGGUUUAUCGUGGGGAGUGGAGUCACGGGUUCAAGGGUCGCUAUGGAGUUCGGCAGAGCACCAAUACACCUGCUAGAUACGAUGGGACGUGGAGUAAUGGACUACAGGAUGGCUAUGGAGUCGAAACCUACGGGGAUGGUGGCACAUAUCAAGGCCAGUGGAUGGGGGGCAUGAGGCAUGGCUAUGGUGUACGACAGAGCGUGCCUUAUGGAAUGGCCACCAUUAUUCGCUCUCCGCUUCGCACCUCCCUGGCCUCCCUAAGAAGCGUGCAAAGCAAUGGCGCCGUUCUGCAGGACGCGGUACCCGACACACCAGUUGGAAGCCGUGGUGGUUUCGUGCUGAAUUUUCACAGCGACACCGAAGUCGUCACCGGAAAGAAGAAGGGCCUGUUCCGCCGCGGGUCCCUCUUCGGCAGCCUCCGCCAGCUACGUAAAUCUGACUCCAAAACGUCCAUCUCUAGCAAACGGAGCUCGGCACGUAGCGACGCCACCAUGAGCCGCAUCAGCUCCAGCGACGCCAACUCCACCAUCAGCUAUGGAGACGGAGAGGUGCCCGAUGAGUACACCCCCAUGGAGGACCAUGUGGACGCCACCACCACAGAGUCCUACAUGGGCGAGUGGAAGAAUGACAAACGCAAUGGGUUCGGAGUCAGUGAGCGAUCCAACGGGCUAAAGUACGAAGGGGAAUGGAUGAACAACAAGAGGCAUGGAUAUGGAUGCACUAUAUUCCCAGAUGGAACCAAAGAGGAGGGAAAGUAUAAAAAUAACGUGUUGGUGCGUGGGAUAAGGAAGCAGCUUAUUCCUCUCAAAAACCAUAAAACUAAAGAAAAAGUGGACAGGGCCGUGGAGGGGGCUCGAAGGGCGGCAGCUAUCGCCAGGACUAAAGUGGAAAUAGCAGUGUCAAGGACAGCCCACGCAAGGACUAAGAGUGAAGCAGCAGACCAGGCCGCACUUGCAGCGUGUCAGGAAUCAGACUUAGCCAGAGCUGUGGCUCGUGAAUUAUCUCCAAGCUUCCAUCAACCAGGACUUGACUACAUCAAACAAAAGUUCAGUGAGCCGGUGGAGGAGAUCAAGGAGGAAGCACCUAAAGAGGAGGAAGAGAAGGAGAAGCCUUCCGGCAGCCCUUUUUAUCGGCGCGGCACGACUCCAAGCCACUCUCCUGCCCGGAGCCCAACCCCGUCACCUCCUCAAUCCCCUCAUAAGAGCCAGCCGCCCAACCCCAGCAUCAGCCGCAAGAUAAGCAAAGACAACAGCAGCGUAGCCCGAAAGAUAAGCAAGGACAGUAGUAGUGUCGCUCGCAAGAUAAGCAAAGAAGAGAGAGCCUCGAUUGUGGCAGAGAUCACCAAAGUAUCCGCCCCUCCUCCUGUACCGGCCAUCAAGCUACAGGACGUUCCCCCACCAAAGCCCCCCAAGGCCCUUGAACCCCAGCCCAAACCUGCCAGUACAGGUAAUGGGCAGCUUCACGCUGCUUAUCACAGUUACUACGUCAAGCCGGUGGUGCAGUUGCCUCCACCAGAGGAACCAGAAGAUGAAGAGCCUGAGAUGACGCAGUCUAGCCUGGCCAGGAUGCCUCCGCCACCCAAAAUGGUCAGGACGCCCACUCCCAAACCAGAGCCCAAGAUCAGGAAACAAGAGUCUAUCAAACCAAAGAGCUUAGCUGAAACCAAGAAGGCCAGCAUAGAUAUGGCCGACGAAACGGUAGCGGAAGAAUCUGGUCCUAACUCAAUUUUGGUUGCCAUGGUGAUGCUUUUGAAUAUUGGAUUGGCAAUCAUUUUUGUCCAUUUCCUUACAUGAAACACUACCAUCUCAGCGUUGGAUGGCGACCCACACAGUGUCAAUGACCUUUCUGAAAUCCAAAUGGCACCAGGCAGUCUCCAGAGGGCAGAGGGAGCUGAAGAAUCAACAUUUGGGGGUUUGAAACCCAAAGCAUCAUCCUUGAGAAUGACGUGGCCUAAUAUCAUGUGGCUCUGGCAAAAGAGAUGAAAAUAUUCUGGGGGAAAAAAUCACCAUUAAAGUGGAAACCGAAGAAGAGAAUGCAGUGUAACGCGACUCUUAUCUGCUGACGGAAAGCCUUAAUAUCAGCCACUCCAUAGGUCUCUGGCAGAGACUUAACUGGAAAUGUUUGAUGAUGCACUUUUGCAUGAUGGGCAAGAGCAGCUGCCUUACUCAUUUACCAUCUGACGUGUAACUGGGAGAUGUGCUCGCAGCGCCAGAGGAAUGCGUUCAGGGGGCUUUGCUGCAGCGGGCGUACGUUCCAGCCAGCCUGGCCCGAGGAAACCGAACGCGCACACCAGCGUCACUCAUCCGUCUUACACCCUUUACCGACCCACUGCAGUUUCUUCUAGCAUCUCCUACGUUCUUCUCGGAAGCUCUUGAGUCGACGCUCCCUACUGUACUCAUCACGUUUCGCUUUUUGUUUUCAUGUACCGUUCUUUCUUUCCUUUAUGUUUGUUUGAAUUUAAUGCAAAGCAAAAUCACUCCCACCUUUUUUGCCAAAUCCAGACAAGAGAAAAUAUUAUAUUAUUUAUUAAAAAUGUGCAAUAUGAUUUAUUUUUACACUGACAGAGUUUAAUUGUUCACCAGUCGGGGCACUGUGGUUCUGUCCCAAGGAAAAAUGUCAAAGAGUUGAAAAGUUCAGGUACGAGAUAAGGGACAUGUGGUUUCUCGCUUUUCGAUCACGUCCACUCAGAUCAUGUCAAAACCAUCAAAAAGUCUUAUAAAGUGUGUUAUUUAUUUAAUUCUGGGAAUCGACUGUUUGUCGUGUUAUGUAAAUUAAGCCUAUGCCAUUGUGCAUGCGAUGUUGUGCAAGAGUUAUUGCGCCUCACGUCACGUUUGUGACGUGUGACAGCAGUGAGAUGUUUAAACAAAAAAAAAAACAAAAAGAUGAUGUUGAGGGCUUGCUUGCAUGUUUGUGACCUUGGAUGCUUUGGAUAUCAAAAGUCAGGUGGUGCCACAGUCAGGUGGCGCUAGAGGAAGUAGGACGUUGCCUUUAAGAGUCUUUAACAGUACUUCAGUUUACCUCAAACUACAGAAAAGGAAAUAAAAGCCUCGUAUGA